AUGUCAGCUUCCAACGAUGUUUCUGAAUCCGAUCGUAGUAAUCUUAGAACUGAACAACUAACCAAUAACCCUGAAACAAACAAUUCCGGCAUGUUUAACUCCAUGUCUAACUCUACAUCUAACUUUACACCUAACUCUACACCUAACUCCAUGUCUAACUCCACGUCUAACUCCAUGUCUAACUCUUUUACGCCUAACUCUAUGCUUAAAUCUACGUUCAACUCUACUAUGCCGAAAUCUAUAUUUAACGUGUCUAACUUUACAUCUAAACCAACAUUGAAAAGUAAUCGCCAAAAAAAUAAAGAUCCUAAAAGCUCUUCCAAAAGUUCUGCCUCUUCCAAAGGUUCUUCGAAAGGUUUUUUGAAAGGUUAUUCAAGAGGAUCUACCAAAGAUUCCUCCAAAAAAAGAGGUCAUCUUAAUGUUCUUACUGAUAACUUCAAUUAUAUCAGAGACGAAGACGAUGAUUACAAUAAUUAG